GAUGAGGAAGAUUUGAUGCCGAGUUUCAUGAGGGUGGCCAUCAGUGGCGAGGAAACUAGUGGGGUUCCAUUUGCAGACCUGCAUGAAGCAUCAGAUGCCCUCAUAAAGGCUCUCCUUAUAAGAGCGAAAUAUAUGAAGGCAUCACACCAGUCCUUCCCGACGAUAACGAAACGUUUUUUGAGAAGAGUUUGUGACGAGGAGCAUGAUUACCUGGCCGAAGAUGACAGCAUCGUUCACCAGAAGAAGGAAAGUAUCUUAGACCACCCGAUUGAUGCACCUUCUGGCCACGGAGCUCCCUUUGAAUGCACCAUGGAACCGCCAGCCAACUACCAUCUCCAAGUUAGGAAUGGAGUUUUCCAGGAGGAGGAGGAGGGGGAGGAUGAAAAUGAUGGGUCGUUGUUUGCACCACCAUUCACACUGGCCGAAUUCAUUGCUGAUCAGAAUUUGCUGUUUGCCCUAGUCGCAGAUGGUCCCAUUAAAUCUUUCUGUUAUCGUCGUUUGAACUACCUGACCUCCAAGCACGACCUCCAUGUCCUGCUGAAUGAGAUCAGGGAGGCAGCCACCCAGAAGCAAGUAUCACAUCGAGACUUCUACAAUGUCAGGAAGGUGGACACGCACGUACACGCAUCGUCAUGCAUGAGUCAGAAGCAUCUGCUGCGUUUCAUUAAGAAGAAGAUGAAGAACGAGAUGGGAGUGGCCGUCUGCAAGUUGGCCGAUGGAACAUCUAUGACCUUGCAACAGGCUCGUUUUGAUUGUCUCAACCUGACAGCAUUUGAUCUGAGUGUGGAUAUGCUGGACGUUCAUUGUGAUCGAAACACAUUCCAUCGUUUUGACAAGUUCAACGCCAAGUACAAUCCAGUCGGCGAGAGCAGGCUGAGAGAGAUCUUCAUAAAAACUGACAACUACAUGGAGGGCAGGUACUUUGCCGAAAUAUUGAAGGAAGUGAUGUCAGACCUGGAGGAGAGCAAGUAUCAGAACGCCGAGUACCGUCUGUCUAUCUAUGGAAGGUCGAGAGAUGAGUGGGACAAGUUGGCUGCCUGGGCGGUCAAGUACAACAUGUACUCGGACAAUGUUCGUUGGCUGGUGCAAGUACCAAGGCUGUUUGACGUGUACAAAGUCAAUGGACAAGUGGAGAACUUUGAAGAGUUGAUCACAAACAUAUUCGAACCACUGUUUGAAGUUACUAACGAUCCAAGCUCUCAUCCUGAUCUACAUCGGUUCCUUCAAUAUGUGACAGGGAUUGACUCGGUAGACGACGAAUCGAAACCGGAGCGCGUGAUGUUCGAUAAGGACGCAGCACUGCCCAACGAAUGGACCAAGCACGAUAACCCCUCCUACGCUUACUACCUGUACUACAUGUUCGCCAAUCUCGUCGUCCUUAAUAAUUUCAGGAAAGCAAGAGGCUUUUCAACAUUCGUAUUGAGGCCACACUGUGGCGAGGCUGGACCCGUCCACCAUCUGGUCACUGGCUUCAUGGUCGGCCAGAACAUUUCACAUGGACUCCUCUUAAGAAAGGCUCCAGUUUUGCAGUACUUGUACUACCUCUCUCAGAUAGGGAUUGCCAUGUCACCCCUUAGUAACAACUCCCUCUUCUUGAACUACCAGCGGAACCCACUCAUCGAAUUCCUCGGUCGGGGUCUCCUCGUCUCCCUCUCAACUGACGACCCUCUUCAGUUUCAUUUCACCAAGGAGCCGCUGAUAGAGGAAUACAGCAUCGCCGCGCAGGUCUGGAAGCUGAGCAGUGUGGAGAUGUGCGAACUUGCGAGGAACAGUGUCAUCAUGAGCGGAUUCCCUCACGAGAUAAAAAAGUUCUGGCUGGGACCGAACUACACGAAGGAAGGAGUGGCCGGCAACGACAUGUCGCGAACGAACGUGCCUGACAUCAGGGUGGCAUUCAGACACGAGACCUUCCUUGAGGAACUCUCAACUCUCUUUCAUACUCUCAAAGAUUUGGAUUGCAUGGAUGCUGCUUUCAAUUAGCUGAUUGGAGUGAUUUCACUUGGUUGAUGGAGUGCUUGAUUGAUUAACUGUUUGGUUGUUUAAGUUGGUCGGUUGGUUGGUUGGUUAAUUGACCGGUUGAUUCACUGAGUGAUUGGUUGUUUGUUUGUUAAUUGAUUGAUUGAUUGUUGAAGAUUGUUGAUGUUAUUGGUUAAUCGAAAUAUCGAAAUAUCUUAGAAUUGAUUUUUUUAUUCUUUCGUAGCAGAUUUUUAUGACGGCUUUUGUGUUCUUGUUUUGAGAAUAUAUCAGUUCUUUUUCUUUUACUAAUGUAUCAUUUCCUUUAAUUUUUAGAAGCACAUUAGCAUUAUUUCUGCUGUGAUUACAUUCUGUUUAAACGCUGAAACAUUCGCCUGCAGUUGAUUCUUCUUAGAAGUGUUCGUGGAAACGCUUGCUUCAUGCCACCAUUUGAUCAAAAUUCCAUUUUAUUAAUCGCCUGUUGCACAUUUCAUUGACUGAUUGGCAAUCCACCGUGAUCAAACGCCUGCAACUCUUUUACAUUUCCUUCUUAAUCUUAAUUCCUGUUCACUUUUUCGUUCAUUAAUUUUUAUCAUAACAUUAUUGAUCUUGUAAUUAUAAAUUGUUGUAGGUUCGAAUUAUGUUGUAUCUAAAUUAUAAUCAAUCUUAUAUGUACAAUCAAAAUCGGUUCAGUCUGACAGUCAGUUACAAGCAAUUAUAACUGUCAAUGCAUAAUUAUUAAUCAUUGCCGU